GGGCGCCGCCGGCCAUUUUGUGGCGUUAAGCCGCGCGCGCGGGCGGUUCCCUCUCAUUUCCUCGCCGCGGCGGGACGGGGCGGCCGCUCCUGGCGCUCAGCUCCGGCCUCGGGCCGCCCCUGGGAUCCUGAGGUUUAUUCUCUUCGGCCGCCGCCGCCCCUCUGGGGCUCCUGCCCACCAUGAGUUACGGCCGCCCGCCGCCCGAUGUGGAGGGCAUGACGUCCCUCAAGGUGGACAACCUGACCUACCGCACCUCCCCGGAUACCCUCCGGAGAGUCUUUGAGAAGUACGGCCGCGUGGGCGACGUUUACAUCCCCCGGGACCGCUACACCAAGGAGAGCCGCGGCUUCGCCUUCGUGCGCUUCCACGACAAGCGGGACGCGGAGGACGCGAUGGACGCGAUGGACGGGGCGGUGCUGGACGGGCGGGAGCUCCGGGUGCAGAUGGCCCGCUACGGCCGCCCGCCCGACUCGCACCACAGCCGCCGCGGGCCGCCGCCCCGCCGCUACAGCAGCAGCGGCUACGGCCGCCGCAGCCGCAGCCCUAGAAGACGCCGUCGCAGCCGAUCUAGAAGCAGGAGCCGCUCUAGGUCCCGCAGUCGGUCCCGCUACAGUCGAUCCAAAUCCCGGUCUCGCACACGCUCCCGGUCUCGCUCCACCUCCAAGUCCAGGUCUGCCAGGAGAUCCAAGUCAAAGUCCUCAUCUGUCUCCAGAUCCCGCUCCAGGUCAAGAUCCCGGUCCAGAUCUAGAAGCCCUCCCCCUGCCUCAAAGAGGGAAUCCAACUCUAGAUCCAGGUCUAAGAGCCCUCCCAAGUCUCCGGAAGAAGAAGGAGCUGUAUCCUCCUAGGAACAUGGUAAUGUACCUUGGGAUCAGCACAGGAUGCAUGUUACUUUCUUAGAGCACUUAGGUGGGGUGUUGGGUAGUUCUUGGAGCAUUAAUAGCCUGAACCAAGUGAAUCCUAGUGGGGCACAUUGUUAGUUGUUGGUUUUGGUUUUUUUUUUCUUGAGCAGUGACUUUUUUGUUAUUGAUUUAGGGAAAUAAUUACUGAAGGGUUUUCUACGGAGAAAUUUUUUUUUUAAACAGAGAAAAUGUUUUAUUGCAAGAUUAAUGCCUUGGUUUUAAUAAAAUAUUGUAUGAGACGCAACCUAUGAUGAAAAUGACUAUUUCUUACUGUAUUUAUCCAACAUCUGCAUUUUCCCCUUUAAAGCUGCGGUCUCCUGUUUGCUAAAAGAAUAUUGGCCAGUAUUGCAGAUUUUAACUGAUUUGGCUGAUCCUCCAGGGACCAGUUUCUGUGGGCGUGUGUUGGAGCAGGUUUGUCUUACACUGUUAAAGAUACACUAUCCUUUUAGAACGGAAGAUCGGUUCAGUGGCCGUUGUACUGACUGGAGGUAAUAACUGUCCUAGAAAAGUGGUAAAUUCCUUGCAACAAGAAAACCACGGAAACUAGUUUUUCCUCAAGUCGACAUCUUGAAGAGGCAUCUAAGGAUACACCGGGUGGGGAAAGGAUAGUGUGUCUUUAACCCUUCAAACUGUUUGGUCCUGUUUUUUAAAAGGAAAGGGCCUGAGCUAGUUCUGGAUAUAGAUAAUUGUAGCAAAAUUAGUCACAUUUUCAGUUUUGAAGGCUAAUUAGAGUUUAGUUAAGUCUUUAUGAAGAAGUAUUAGUUUUGUAACUUUUAUAGAACUCUGAAUAAUGGAGUGGUGAACAGGCUGAAUUGAAGUUAAUGUCUGGCUUGAUCUACAGCCUGCUGCUUAUUCUCCUUUGUAACUAAAUAUUUUGACCAAACCUUACAUUUGGCCUCGAAGUAAAGCAACACACGGGGGGAGGUGGAACACUGGAAAUUCCUAAAACUUAAUUAAAUUAGUCAAAGCCAGUUGAAACACAACUAGAAGUAUCCAUGAAGUCAUCCACACCCAAAAUAGACAAGGUAGAAACCUGGCUGAACUUUUCUCUCUUCAAACCUAGAUGCUUCAGCUAAAUGAGAGCCCAGAUAAAGGACGCCUUUGGGGGGAAAAGAUCGCUUGAGUCUUCAGCCCAUUGGAGAGACCCUGGCCGAGCAACCAGCUGUUGAAAAGGUUAUUUUGUAACAUUUUGUCUAACUUUUUACUUGUUUAAGUUGCGCCUCAAGUGGCAGAUUUUACAUUUUAUGUGCCAUUUUGUUGCUGUUAUUCAAAUUUCUUGUAAUUUAGUGAAGUGAACGACUACCGAUUUCAAUAUUGGCUUGGAUAUUUGAGGUAAAACUUCAUUUUUGUUUAUAUAGUGCUGACUUCUAUUGGAAAUUAAAGUCGAUGGUAAACUUGCUGCCUCCAGUUUCAUACUGAGGAAUCAUGCAGCCAUUAUAUGCUGAUAACUAACUGUCAAAAAGUACUCUCAAUUUUAUUUUGAUUCCUUAAAAGUCCGCAAAACUUCAACUUGAAACUUACUGUAAAUGCUUUUUGUUUUUUAAAGAAAGAAAAACUUUGACCUAAAAUAGCAUCAUCAAAUUCAAAUUGGUAGAAAUCUUUUCAGGUGACAGUUGAUAUUUGCAAGGAUUGUUUUAUCAGACUCAAUUCUAAUCUCUUCUCUUAUGUAUUUUUGUGCACUAGGCGCAGUUGUGUAGCAGUUGAGUAAUGCUGGUUAGCUGUUAAGGUGGCGUGUUGCAGUGCAGAGUGCUUGGCUGUUUCCUGUUGUCUCCUGAUUGCUCCUGUGUAACGAUGCCUUGUCGUGCAGAAACAAAUGGCUGUCCAGUUAAUUAAAAUGCCUGACAACUGCACUUCCAGUCACCCGGGCCUUGCGUAAAAAAAAUGGAGCAUACAGUGAGCACAUCUAGCUGAUGAUAUACACACCUUAUUUUUUCCAGAAUGGUAAAACUUACCAACUACAUAUAUGAACUUGCAUAUGAGAAUUGUAAUGUUAAGCAAAGAAAUGGUUCAUUCCUUUGUAAGUACUGAUUGGUGUAUCUUUUGCUUAAGACAUUCUGUACUAUACCCACUGUCUCUGUAGUUAAUAUUAAACAUUUUUUUCUGUGUUAACUUUUCUCAA